CAUCGCACUGAAGCUGUUUAUUGUCGGGGUUCUGGUUAAUGCCUGGAUGAUGGGCAAGUCGUCAGCCACCGACGGCAUCAAUUUGGAGCCCACGUUCCCUUCGCAAAGGAGGAUCUGCAACGAGUCCCGUCUACAGUGGGAGGUGGAGGUCUGUGGAGAAAACUUCAAACGGGACAUGGCUCACAUAGAUUCACAGUACUGGUGCAACCUCACGCACAUCAUCAGAGAGUACGACCACUUCACCUUCUGCACUGAGAACAGGUCCCACAUCGUCAACUGCUACUGGCCCAACCCGCUGGUAGAGGGCUACAUCAUCCGCAUACACAAGUACUUUUUCUCCAACUGCACCAUAGAGCAAGUGGUGUGGCUCGACCCGCCGGACGACACGCUCACCGCGCUCAUUCUCGUUCCAGUUUUCCUCACAUUGGCCAUGAUCGCUCUGGUGGUCUGGUGCAGCAAGAGGAGCGAUCUCCUGGCCUAGGAGAAAGACUGACCUAAAGGACCGGUUCGCCUCUUCAAAGUCCAGAGCACUUUUUGGGUUUAAAUGACCCCAAAUGACACAAUGAAGCCCCUGCACCUGUUUAGAUAAAGAAGGAUGUUGGCUUGCACAUGUUUUCUUUAGUAAUUACUUAUUUCUGUUCUUCACUCAACACCGUAUUCCAAAUCUUCUUAACGAGUAUUUCACUGGAGAGCCCCACAUUUGGUGCAGUCACUUCUGCAGAGAGUUACAAGAAAAGAUGACACACGUCUUACGUCUGUACGCAGCUAAAGAGAGAGUUCGAACCUUUUGAAGUUGGGUUCUGUGGAACGGACAUGAACAAUUAAUAUGAUAGCUCUUUGAACAACCUCAACUUGGAGAAAUGGCUAACGGCUGAUCUUAACUCCAAUCUUCAAAAGUUCACCACAGUUCAUGCAAACGCUAUUUUAUAACCCUUUUCAGAGCCUUCAGUUUCACACGGCAUGAGCAUUCUAGUAAAAAUAUUGCGAUUGUCUUCCUGGACAACUUUCCAACUGGUGCACGUUUAUCAAAGAUUUCUUAGUUUAUAAGCGUUAAAUAGCAUUUAUAAAACACUGUUCGCCCAUUGAAACAGGU